AUGUCAUCUCUUGAUACUAACCAAAGGAGAGACAAGCUAGUCAAAAAACCUUCGAAUACUAUACCUAAGAAAUCAAGAUUUGAAAAAAAAAGCGAAGUUUUGUAGAAACCUUUAGGAAUAUAUUAGGCCUAUAUAAAAACAUUAUUAGGAUUUGAGUUGGAAUAGGAGGAAGACUUCAAUUAUAAUUGCAUUCUGAAGAAUUUCAAGAAAGAUCUGAGUGAAGAUAUUGAAAUAUUUCCUGACUGCGUAUUUAGUUUAAUAAACCCAGACUAUAAAUACAAGAACGAGAAUCAUGACUAAUGCAUGGUUAAUUCAAGCAUCGAGCUGUUUGAAUUACUACAAUCAGGAUUGAGGAUCAAUUAGAAAUCUCUAGACGAUCUUUUAUUAUUGAAAGCUAUUGAGUCGAUAUAUUUUAAUUUGCCUUAUUAUGAUGCGUGCUAUCACCAAAAAAAGGAUCCAACCAUUCUAUUAACCGAAGAAAACCAAGAAUAAAAACACAUAAGGGAAAAGGAUUUGCAAUAACAAAAUUUAUUAUACGAAAAAUCAGACAUAAGGUAUCACAUUGAUAAAAAUGAAAUAAUUAAGAAUUAUGUAUCUUAAUUAGAAAAAUAGUUUCAUAAUUUACUAUUAAAAGAUAUACAUGCAAAUAUAAUGGACUGUUUAACCUUAAACUAUAAAGAAUUAAAAUAGACCUUGCUUAAAAAAUGGAGAGGAGGUCAAUAUUUGGAGAAUUAAGAAGACAUGUGGAUUAGAUCUGGUACUCCUACCCAGGAUGUUUCUACAUUAAUAAGAAAUGCUUUAAUAAUUAAAUUAAACAAGGGAGGCUUCAAUAUUCAAUCAUUCCUGUCUGGAGAAGGCCACGAGAUCUUUGUGAUGCUUAAUAUGCAAGAUUCUAAUCUGAAGAUAGUAGCUGAUCAAGGUCAUGUAUUAAAGUAAUUAAAUUUUUGGUUUACAGAUUUGUUUUCCUUAGAACCUGUAGACAAGUCAUUUAGGCCUCUAAGAAUUAAUAAUAGAAUUUGGAAAUCUUCGGAUUUUGAAGUCUCAGACUUGUUCUUAUAUUUAAAACCACAAAUGAUCAGAUUAAUUCAACAGAUUAAUUUCAAACGCAUAGCUCGAGAAACAAAUCAAAGUUCGAUUAAUUCGUAAUUAUUUGAAUAUGGUAAAUUGGAUUUUAGUGAGAAAGACGAUGGACCUACAGAUGAAGAAUGGAUAGCAUACCAUAAAUACUUGACUCACUUAGAAAAAUGUGUUAGAUAAUUCAGAUAGAGUUAAUUGAUUGAUAAUGAAUUGGCAUGCUUGUUAAAUAAAUAAAUAACCUCUCUUUAAAUAUAUUAAAAAAGAAAUUCAUCAAAUAAAGAAAUUCAAAAUCUGAAUUAUUAAAAUUUGUAAGAUCAUAGAAAUUAUGAGCAUUUAGAAAUGAUAAACCAAAUAUAGAUGUAAGCAGAUAGAGUUAUGGAUGAGUUCUCAAAUUUCUAAUUUUCAUUAUAAAUUCCUCCAGUAAAGGCAUUGAAAUUAUUAAAAAAAGAAUCAGUGUCUUUGAAUUAUCUCUAUUCCUUUUAAGAGGCUUUGAGAGUUGCAAAUGGAGAGUAAAUAAAAUUAUAUAAUUUAUGGGAACGAUCAGAAAUACCUCCUUUUGAUAUGUAUCACCCUUAUUAAAUGCCAAAUAAAGAAAAUACAAAAACACAGUAAGCAAAACAAGAAUUAAGUUGGAGAAAAUAUGUCAAAAAUGAGAAUAAUUAGAUAUCGUUAUUCUCAUCUUAAGAGAGAUUGAAAUUAGUCUAUCAGAAAGUGUCUCAAGAAUUAGAUCUCAGUAUUAUGCAUUAAUUGGGUAUCAUUAAAUAAAUAUUCUGUCUUAACGAUCAUUAUGAAUUAUUUGGACAAUGCAGCAAUGUUUAGGCUUAGAUAACUUUGGACACAAGGUUUUUUAAGAAGAAACCAUUUUAAUUGAUUGAUGAAUGGAAACUAGAUUAUUUGAGACCCUGGAUUAGUCCUUGCGAUUUAAUUUGUGGAUAUUAUGGAGAAAAGAUUGGUCUCUACUUUUACUUCAUGAGUUAUUUCACUGAAAUGACAACUCCAUUAGCCUUUUCAGGUCUUGCUUGCAGUUUGAUUUAAUGGAUAAUUUGGGAUAAUGAAAGUGACUUUUACAUCUUGGUUACUAUUAUAUUUGCCUUUGUCCAAAUUCAUUGGAGCAAUGUCUUUACUGAUUUAUGGAAACAGAAACAAAUCUAUUUCAAUUUGAAGUACGGACAGAAUGACUAAGAUCAAUAAUAAGUGUAAAGAUCCAAAUUUAAAGGCAAACAUAUAAGAUCCUUAGUAAAUGACUAACUAAACUCUAUUGAAGUGUUGUAUCAUGAAUAUUUGAAAAGAACUUUGGUGAGCUCAAUGUUGCUAUUUUUCUUUAUAUUAUUUUAUAUUGGUAUUAUAGUAUCCUUAUUUGUUUUUACUGUUUAAUUGCACAACAAGUAUUAGGAGGAACUGAAAUAAUUUGAUAUAGCUACAAUUGAAGUCACUUCAGCUGCAGCUAUGAAUUUUAUUGCUUAAUUAAUUGCAGACAAUAUCUUUGACAAAAUUGCCUGUUAAUUAACUGAGUAUGAGAAUUACAAAACUGUUGAAUCAUAUGAAACAAGCUUUGUAUUAAAGAAGUUCAUUUUUCAAUUUUUCUCUUACAUUGCUCCUCUUUUAUUUUUAGAUUAUUUGAAUCAACCACUAAAUUUAUAUUGUGCACGCACUAACUGUGAAAGACACGUUAAAUAUUAUUUUUCUGCUAUUGUUAUUUUAAUUCUAUUUAAGUAAAUUGUAAAUUUCUGUAUAUUUUUAUUUAAACUAACUAAAAUUAAAAUAAAAAGUUAUGAUUACAAUGAAAUUGAUAUUAUGGAGUUUGUUGAAGACUAAUCAUCAAGGUAACCUUACUCCUAAGAUUUUGAGAGGUAUGGCACAAUGUAGGAUUAUAUGGAAUUAUUCGUACUGAUUUCCUUUUUAAGUAUUUUUGGAUAUACAUUUCCAUUUAGUUUUUUCAUCCUAUGGAUUUCUAAUAUAAUGUAAAUAUAAGUCAAGAAAAACACUUUUUUGUAUUGUUUAUAAAGACCAUGGCCUAAGAAUGAAAGUUCUUUAGGAAUUUGGAAUUUCUUUCUUGAGAUUAUCAGUUUGAUCUGUUUAUUAACCAAUACUGGAGUAGUAACAAUACAAUAUAAUAAAUAGUUUGGAUAUGAACUCAUCAUGGUAUUUUUGGGUGUUUUAAUAUUUAAUUGUUUUGGAAAGUUUUUCAUCGGAGCAAUAUUCGGUCAAAUCCCAGAUGCUUUGGGUGACUUAAUGAAAAGACAUAAAUACUUAAUAAAAGCAACUAUUUAAAAUAAAAUUAAAGAAGGCAAAUCUCAGGAAAAUAAGGAUGCUUUAAAAAGAUUUCCCAUUUUAAAAGUUUAUGGGACUUUAAACUCUGCAGAAUCUGGAAAAUUUGAAACAGUCAGUUCUGAUGAUGAAUUACAUGAUCACUACGAAAUACCUGAGAUCAAAUAAAAAUUAAACGUCAUCAAAGUUGAAUAAUAUACUAAGAAUUUAGACAAAUAAUAUUUGGGUGAAUUCUAAUUUACUAAAAUUCUGGAGUAUUUUAGUUAAAGAGAUUAGAAUUGGGCUUUCAAAUGUGUAUUUAAAAAUUAAAAGGAAAAAUAAAAGCUUAGACUACUAUUAAAAAUUUAUACUUUAUUAUAUAAAUCUUAAUUGUUAACAAAAUAUAGAUAACUGUGGACUGAUAGGAGAGUAUCGCAAAGAUUUGUUCACAUGAGAAGGAAAAUAAUUUAAUUAAGAAAUUUAGAUUAUAGGAGAUAUUUGAUAAUAUCCUCAAAACUGAAUUAAAUGAGAGCUUAUUAUGAUGAAAAAGCUCAAUAACGAUUUAGAAAAGAUUUCCAAUUGAUUGGAUAAUAGGAAGAUGAUAAUGGAGAAGAAAAUAUCGAAUAUACAAAUUUAGUUAAGAAAUAUCAAAGGUAUGUUGAGAAACAUGCAUGGUUAAAUACAAGAAAAGUUAUUCUCCUAAAAAUAAAGGCAUUGACUUUUAAAGGAUUUAGAAAAUAAGUUGUUAAGAAACCAUCACUAUAAUUAAUUUAAGAGUUUUAUAAAAUUACUCAAAUUAUAGAAAAUCUCGAACCAGAAAAUCCUUUAUAACCAGAAUUAGACUCUUAAAUUGAUUAUUCUGCGUUAGAAAAAAUACAAUUUUCAGAUUUUAUGGAUAUUUUCAAUAAUAUUGAUCUAAAAUAAAAAGUUGAAUGGUUUUUACCUCUCAGUUCUCAAAGAAAUAAUUCGUCAAAUUAUUUCAUAGAAGAUAUAAAAUCAAUUGAAUUCAAAAAUAUUGUUGAUUAAUGCAAGGAUUCUUCCAUCUUUUAGAAAACCACAACUGUACUUGAAGAAAUCAUACUUUCAUAUUUCCAAAUCGAAUAAUUCCCUAUUCCUUAAAUCAAAUUCAUAAAACAUAUGCAUGAUAACAUCUGGAUAGUCAAAAUGGGAUAAUCGGAAACGCCUUACUUAUUGUAAUUCAUCUAAAUAAAACAUGGAGAAUAGAUAUAACUUUAAAAGUAUGCAGAUAAUCAUGAAGGAAUAUUAUAUGCUGAAAGUAAGAAUUACUUUAGAAUUGUCAACACUGUUGAUCAGAUAGAUGACUUUUAUAUCAAGGGUUAUUGUAUAUGCAUUUAUGAAGCUUUUGAGCCCAAAAGUUUUUUAUAAGUGUUAAAAUACAGAAAAACUUACGGAAUACCUUAUACAGAAGCUGAAAUCAAAUAAUUCCUCCAUGCUGCCUUGAAUCUAUUAAAGCUUGCUGAUUGUAAAAGUUUAACUAGUAGAAACAUUUUCUUAAUCAGAGGAGAAUAUUAUAUUCUGAAUUCUAUGACAAAGGUUAAUUCUUUUUUUGAAUUGGGGAAGAUUGUUUUAGAAAUGUUGUAUUUAGAAGAAAUUGAGGAUAUAAAAUAGUAUUUUGAAAAAUUAACGCAUCCUUUAAAAUGGUUAAUUAAUGAAUUAUUAUUUUUAGAAGAUAAUCUUCAGAAACUAUAAGACUUCAUUUAAAAAUAGUAUUGUUUUACUGAUAUUAAAUUUGAAAUUGAACAUCAUUAGAAGCAAUAAUUUCAUCAUGCAGUAUCUUAUUAAGCAUUUACUUGGUCAAUGCUACAUAAAAUUAAUCUGAAUUUCAGAAUGAAAUAAUUUCAUGAUGCUUUACAUUUAACAUAAGAAUAUGAAGAUUAUAUCAAGAAAGAAGUCUAUUAAAUCAAUGAAAGCCCUUUUUCGUAUUUUUGCAUACAGUUGAUAGAAGAUUUAAAUUCAUAUUUGCUAUCAUCGCAUUCACUUAAAAAGAACCUUGAUAUCAUUUUAAUAUACUAUUAUUAGAUUGCAGCGAAAUUUCAAAUAAAAUAUGACGUUACACGAUAAUUGAAUUAUUUUAUUGACAUCCUAAAGAAACUGACAUUCGAAUUAAGACUGAUAAUAAAGCAAUUAAUAUCAAAUAUCAAUGUCGCUAAUUUAAAUUAAACUGAACAAUGUAUUAUUCUAAAAACAAUUUAAAAUGAUUCAGAGUAAUCUUCCUAAUUAUUAUCUAAGCAAAGAUAAUUCUUGCUUGCUUAAUUAAGAAAAAACCUUAAACUCAUAGACAAUAUAUUACUGUUUGAAUAAUAAGUAAAUCGAUUCCUCAACUAAUUUUACGCUUUAUUUGCCUUAUAAUAAUAUUUUAGUGGGCAUUAUGAAUUUGCCAAAUUAACAAUAUCUUCAAUAAUUGAAACCUAAUAAAAAAUCAUGCACAAAUAAAAGCUUCCUGAAAUUUUGAGUGAGGCCUAAGAAUUAAGUCCAAGUUAAUUUAACUUCGAUUAAUUAAGUCCUGGUAUGGAGAGGGAAGAAUAAGAAAUAGUAAAAGAGGAAGUCUGGGUCUUUAAUAUAAAUUCUGAAAUAAAAACAAACCCUCUAUAUGCAAUAUAGUAUAUUUAUUAUCUCUACUUGUAAGUAAUAAUUCUACAUGAUUGUAAAAACGAAUUGUAUCACAUGAAGCAAAAAGAAUUUCUUAAUUACAACUUUAAAGAUAUUCCAGCAUAUACUUAUUUUCAACAAUUAAUUUCUUCUCUCUAAUUUAAUUUUAAAAUCACUGAAAAAAAUGAACAAUUUUUCAAAUAGGAAUCUUAAUGUGAAUUAGGAAGAUAUUCCAUUUUAUGGUUGAAAACUAACAUGGAAAACAAGCAAUAUAUUUAGUCGGAAUUGGAAGAAUCUACUUAAAUGGAGUUUAAUUGGAGAUAACUAUUAUCUUAUAACAAUUUAAAGUGUAGUUUAAAGAACAAAACAGCCUUACUUUAUAUCCUCAAAUAAACUUCAACUAAUGAACAAAUGAAAAUUCUUUUGAACAUCAGAAUUAUUCAUUUCUUGUUAAAGUUGUAUGAUUAUUGUCCCAUUAACUUUAAGUAAAGAGUCAACAUAUUAAAUAAAGACUUAUUAGGGUAAAUAGAUCUAGAAAGCACUUCAAAAAUUCUAUAAUUACAAUAACUACAUAAGUUAUAUACAUUUGGAGUAAAGAUAGAUUAUUUUUCUAACAUAAAUAAUGAAACCGCUUCAUGGAUCUUUCAUUAAGGAUUAAUAUAAUUAAGAAUUUUUAUCUAUUAGUCUUAUUGUUAUAGUUUUUCGAAGAGGCAUUUUGAAAAUAUUGCAGCUUAUAUUAAUUAUUAAGAGGAAAUAUAUACUUAAAUCUCUAAAUUAAUGAUAUAAGGUGACUCAACAUUUUCAAAAGCUAAAAAUUAUUAAAUCCUUUAGUAACCAGUUGAAAACAUGCUAAUUAAUACUUAAUCUGAUUAUUUUGGAUAUCAUUAGUAUUUUUUAACUCAAACCAGAAUUAUGCUACUAUAAAAGAAGAAACUUUCUGAUAUUUAUUAAUGCUUUGUGCAAUAUUUGAAUGAAUAUUUUAUCAACUCAAUUUUCAUUUUGGGUUUAAUACAAAUAUACUAUGAAUUUGAAGAGAUUGAUAUGGCUAAUUUAAUAGUUUAUUUUACUAAGAAAUUAUUAGAUAAUAAUGCUGUUAUCUUUAAUGAUUCUCAUGAGGGAUUUAAAAAAGACAUACAAAUAAUAGAAGCUGUAUUAAAAUAGAAACGAUAACAGCUGAUUAAACCUCCCUAUAAUAGACUCUAUCAUAGAAAUGAACUGAUAGAAUAUUUUGAAGAUGAAACAUUAAAUGCAAGAUACUUCCUUUUCAAUUUACCCUACUAUUUUAAUAUGCAAUUUUCACAAUCAAUUAUGGAAGAUUUCAUAACUGUUAGUCUUGUUAAGUUGACUUUGCCACUCUAAUAAAUCUUGAAGACUGCAUUUUGUUCAAUCAAGGCAGAAUGUGGGGAUGAAGAAAUCUUAACACUAUUAAAGAUAGUAAGUGAAUAUAAAUUUUUAGAAGGCAGUUUGACUUGGGCCUUCCAUUCUCAUUUUUUGUGCAGAUACUAUAUAUCCAUGGUAGAUAUGGAAAAUGCUUAUGAAUAUUCACUUUUAGUGUUGUCAUACCUAUAUUAACUUGAUUUACAACAGGGUUUCUACAUUAAGGAGAACAAAAACGGAUUCAAAAACCAUUUUAUAUGCUUUUAAUCGGAAAAGAAUAUUAUCAAAUAGAUCUGUCAGCCUAAAAGCAUCCCUAUCACAGAGUCAAUUGAGGAUGCUUUGUUUGAUAAUGUUAACGAUGAUUUUUUUGUGAUUGAAUGUAUUUUAAAUCAUUUAGAGAUCCUUUCAAGAAGUCAAUUUAAAAUGCCCACUCUAACCAUUUUACUUCAAUUCUAAUUGAAAUUACAAAAUCAACGACAUAGAAUCUAUUUUUGGAAAGUCAUCGCUUAUGUUUUAUAUAGAAUAGCUACUGAGAAUUUAAUUCCAGAAGCAUUAUUACAAAUUCAAGAUAACAAAAAAGAUCGGCUAUAAGAAUUGAAGGAAAUUAGAAGAUUAAAUAAAAAGAGAAGAAAUGCUAAAGUUUUAUUACGAGAAAUUACUUAAUAGGAAUUUGAAGAAUUUGAUUAUCAAAAUAAUCUUAUUAAUUUUUAGAUGAACUGUUAUAAAUUGGAUGAGAAUUCUAACCAAAAGAUAUUUAUAUUGUACUCUUGUUAAGCGGCUGAAAAAGCAAUUUCAGGAUACUCAAAUUAGUGUAAAGAUAAAACAAAAAUAAAUAAGCACUAGAUAAGUGAGUUGAAACUGUUAUUGGUGUAAAACUACAUCUAGCUUAAUUAAAAUGGAAAUGCUACAUAAGCUUUAAGCGAUGCCGAGGAUGCAAUUGUUGAGUGGUUUGGUAAGAUCAAACAUCCAAUAAAGGGUCUCUAUUUUUAUAAUUUAGGGUUAAUUAAAAUUUCCUUUUAUUAACAGAUACUGAAGAUCUUAAAGGUCUUCAUUGAAGAAUCGGCAUUUAAUAUUAUGGAAAUGAAAAUAAUUAUCUAAGGUUUAGCCAUGAUGAAACCUGAACUAUGGAAACAAAUGGAUUUAUUUAAUAUAGGUUAAAUAUCAAAUUUGAUUCCAUUUUUUAAAUAUUAUUUAGUAGAGGCGGGAGAUAAUUCUAUUUUUGACUGUCCAAAAAGCUAGUAUACAGAAAAUGAUGCUAAAACAAUUUUAGAUGAAGUCUUGCAAAAUAACAUGGCAUUUGAUUUGUCAGGAAUCACUGAAUUUAUUGAUGCUGAGAAUAGUUUUAAGUCGUUUGAGGCUGACAACUUUUUAACAAAUGAACUGUCAAGUUUGAUAUUCAAAAUUUAAAAUGAUAAAUUAAAAAAUUAAGUUGAGUGA